CACCCCGCGGCUUCAUCUCUUGCCCUCAACACCAACACAGCAAUGGCGCUCCGAGUCCCUGCGCAUCUUAGCCUCCUCCUUGCCCUCCUGCUAUCCUGCGACUACGCUGCAUCCGCCACCAAGUUCACCGUCGGCGAUGCGAAGGCAUGGAAUCCCAAUGUUAACUACACCAAAUGGGUCAACAAGCACAAGCCUUUCUAUGUUGGCGACUGGCUCGUGUUCUACUACACGAAGGGCAUGGCGGACGUUGUGCGUGUGGACUCAGACGCGUACGAGAAAUGCGACGCAUCGCACCCCAUCAGCAAUUACAGCAAAGGCCGGAGCUAUGCCUUCGAGCUCAACGAAACCAAGACAUACUACUUCAUCUGCAGCUAUGGAUACUGUUACCAGGGGAUGAAGCUCUCCCUCAAGGCCGAGAAACUGCCACCGCCGUCUACUCCACCGUCGAAGAACUCCGUAUCCAGCAGAGCUACGGGUGGAGUUCUGGCAUUGGCGUUUGCUGCUUUGAUUAGGUUCUUGUUUUUGUAGGUUUUUUUUUUUUUUUUUGAAUUAAUGUUUUUGCAUGAUUGAAAGUGAAGGGUUGUGUGACUAAAAGUCUGUUUUUAAGGAAGUAAGUAGGUUGUAAGCCUCUACAUGAUUCGUUUCUACCGAAAAUUUCACAAAUCUGUGAAGCAAA